AUGAAGAAUGACACUCUCGAAGUGGAACACCCUCAGGGCAUUGACUAUGACCACAGCAAUGCUGAGAAGGGUCAUCUUGAGGAGGUAGAUCUGCACAACAAUAUUUCUGCCAAAAUCAAGAACCCACUCGCCCAUCUUACCGAGGCUGCGGUCGUUCGGGACGUCGGAGAAUUCGUCCGCCAAUAUGAUAUUCCCCUCGAGUACCAUGGUUAUCUGACAAAGGGAGCUCUUGUUGCACGGGACCCUACCGCCUACGAAUCCGUCCCAGAUAUUCACCCUGAGGAGAUCGCCGCUCUUCGUGAUGAGGUGAACCACAAGUGGCGCCAGCCUAAGGCCCUCUACUUCACUAUCAUCCUUUGCUCCAUCGGGGCAGCCGUUCAAGGCUGGGACCAGACUGGCUCAAAUGGAGCCAACCUUUCCUUUCCCCAGGCCUUUGGAAUUCCGGAAGAUGAAAGUAUCAAGAACCAAUGGCUUGUUGGACUUAUCAAUGCCGCUCCUUACAUUGCCAGUGCCGGUCUAGGAUGCUGGCUAUCCGAUCCGUGCAAUCGCUUCCUUGGUCGCCGUUGGACAAUCUUCAUCUCUGCCAUCUUCUGUAUCAUUGCCCCUAUUGGAUCUGCCUUGACCCAAAAUUGGCAUCAACUCUUCGUCACUCGUCUGCUACUUGGAAUUGGAAUGGGCCUCAAGGCCUCCACAAUUCCCAUCUUCUGCGCUGAGAACACUCCAGCCGUCAUUCGAGGUGGCCUGGUAAUGUGCUGGCAACUAUGGACCGCAUUUGGAAUCUUCCUCGGUUUCUGUGCUAAUCUAGCCGUGAAGGAUACUGGUAACAUAUCGUGGCGUUUACAGCUGGGAUCAGCCUUUAUCCCUGCUGUACCUUUGCUCGUCGGUGUAUUUUUCUGUCCCGAGUCUCCCCGCUGGUAUAUUCGACGGGGUGAGAUGAACAAAGCCUUCAGUUCUCUCCUUCGUCUCCGUAACACUCAUAUCCAGGCUGCCCGCGACCUGUACUACAUUCACGCCCAGAUUCAGAUAGAGCAGAGUAUCAUUGGUGAUAGCAACUAUCUCACUCGUUUUGUGGAACUUUUCACCAUCCCCCGAGUCCGACGUGCUACUCUCGCCUCAUUCACCGUGAUGAUUGCUCAGCAGAUGUGUGGAAUCAAUAUCAUUGCAUUUUACAGUUCCACUGUCUUCAAAAAUGCCGGCGCAAGUGAUACCGCAGCGUUAUUCGCGUCGUGGGGCUUUGGACUAGUCAACUUCCUAUUCGCAUUCCCAGCGAUUUGGACAAUUGACACUUGGGGCCGACGUGCAUUGCUUCUCUUUACUUUCCCACAGAUGGCUUGGACAUUGCUCGCGGCUGGAUUUUGCUUUUACGUUCCAGGCAAUGGAGGAGCACAUCUUGGCAGUAUUGCCCUCUUCAUCUUCUUGUUCGCCGCGUUCUAUUCCCCUGGAGAGGGUCCAGUACCAUUCACAUACUCCGCUGAGGUAUUUCCACUGUCUCAUCGUGAGGUUGGCAUGGCUUGGGCCGUAGCAACUUGUCUAGGAUGGGCAGCCGUGCUCUCAAUUACGUUCCCCCGUAUGUUGGCAGCAAUGACAGCAACCGGAGCUUUUGGUUUCUACGCUGGUCUAAACAUUACCGCAUUAGUCAUGAUCUUUCUUUGGGUCCCGGAGACGAAACAACGAACUCUCGAAGAAUUGGACUACAUCUUUGCAGUCCCUACUCGGGUCCACAUGCACUAUCAGCUCUUCAAAGCUCUGCCCUGGUGGAUUCAGCGUUACAUCUUCCGCAGAGAUGUACAGCUUGAGCCUUUGUACAAGUUUGAUGAUUUGCCUGGCUACGGCGAGAAUGUCAGUGAAAAGGCAGUAGCUGAUGUUAAUGUGAAGAAUGAUACUCAUGUGGAGGAAAAGAUUUAG